GGGCGGGGGCCGGGCCGGGGGCGGUGCUGCCUCCGCGGCCGCGCGGGACAGACGGCAGCGGGAGCCGGGGCCGGAACCGGAGCCCGAGCCGGGCAGGAGGAGGCGCAGGGGGAGCCGGGCGUGGUGAGCGGAGAGCGGUGAGCGGAGCUGCCCCAGCCCCAGCGGGGCGGCCGCGGGCAGGAAGGUGCCGCGCUGCCGGUUGCGCCUGAGCCGGAGCAUCCCGGCGGGGUCAGCCGCCUUCAUUUUCCAGGGGAGGUGGGCACUCCGGGUUUGGGGUGCUUUUUUCCCCCCUGCUCUAGUACCCCGUGCGCGUUGUUCGUGCCCUCGGCCGGCAGGGCUGCCCGGCGGCCGGGCGCUGUUGCUCGCACGUCCCGCAGCGCCGGGGCUGCUCCUCCCGCUGUCCGGCACCGGCUGAGCCGGGUCCCGGCGGGUUUGGGAAGCCGCCGUGAGCUCAGGAGCAGCGCCCGCCGUGCCUCGCCAGUGCUGCUGCUCCGAGAGAGCCUUCUCAGCGGUUUGCCUGUCCUGUGCCGUAACCAAGGGCAUUUGAUUUUCAGAAGCGUUUAACUGAGGUGCUUUUCUCACCGUGCAGUCCCUUUAGAUUUGGGUGUGAUAACCAACCUGCACAUUGGACAUUUGGCUUGUAUCCCCAUAUCUUCUUCCUGCUUCCUGCACCAGGGGACUGACUAUGUUCGUUUAAAGGAAAGCAUCCUAGCAUUCCCUGAUCUGCUUAUCCUGUGCUACUCUGACCUUUGCCAGCACUGGAGCUUCCAGGUUCUGACAAAUGGCUGGAGGCAAAGCUUUUUCAAAGUUAAACAACUCAUGGUGGAGAAGUCAAUUUUAAUUCAUUAGGAUUCAGUAGGAUUUCUCCUAAUCCCUGCAUUUUGGAAAAUUGAGUUCCAAAGGAUAUGAUCUUAAAUUGUCCUGGCUUGAGCAGUAAAGGAUAAAUUUGUUCACUGUCUGACUCGUCAUCUCACCGUUGUGAUGGAAAAAUGCUUGCUUAAUAUAAACCCUUUUUAUUCUACUAAAACCUUUGAAUACAAGAUCUGUUGUGAUUUUUAAAACACAAAUCCAGUAAUGUCAGAACCUGACCCUUCAUCUGGAUUUGUAGGAAACAUGGAAAAUGGGACUUUUCUGGAGCUGUAUCCCACAUCUCUUUCAACUUCAGUGGAUUCAUCACCUGGCCGUUUAUCCAAUGUUUAUGUCUAUGUUUCUAUAUUCCUUAGCCUCUUAGCUUUUCUCCUUUUGCUAUUGAUCAUUGCACUUCAGAGGCUGAAAAACAUAAUUUCUUCCAGUUCCUCCUACCCAGAAUACAAUAGUGAUGCUGGAAGUUCGUUCACUAAUUUAGAGGUUUGUAGUAUUUCUUCCCAGCGCUCUGCUCUCUCAAACCUUUCUUCAUGAAACUAAAUGAAAGGUAAUAUAUGGGGAAUGGAAGAGCUCUGUCUAGUUUCUUGGGGAGGUAAUGCAUGCAACAUUCGCCUUAGAAGACUAUUAGGAAGAGGAGGUUUUUUAAGUUUCCUUAUUUUUUUCCCUUUUCCUUUUCUAGUCUUCAUUUCCUCUUUAACUAAUUUUCAUUUUGGACUAUGGAUAAUGAUACUUGAUCAUCAUUUCUUGCCUGUAAUAGUGAUGCUGUCUCUUUCUCACACAUAUAUGGUAUUCAUUAAGAGCAUUCCUGCCAAAUUGUAAUACAGUUUUAACUUGAUGUGUCAUUUUUCUGCCCUAGUUGUGACUCCUUCCUUGGUUUUGUGUCAGUAAUAUCCUGACUAAUUUUCUUUCUCAUUUUUUAAUUAUAUAAGGACUUCUGAAUGAAAUCCCUAUUGCAAAAGUAUAAAAAAAAUCUGCUUAAAUUAUAAAUAUUAUGAAAAUUUGAAGCUGUUGGUAUUGUUUCUUUUUUUUUUUUUUUAAUUUUCAUGUCUUUUUUGGUAUUUAUUGAUGUUUAUAAAACACAACUAAAAACCAUUUCUUGAAGAAUAUUGCCUGUGUUUAUUUGUACUCCCAACUCGUUCUGUAUAAAGUCUGUAUUUCAGUUUUUGAGUCUCUGGUUAACUUAGUAAAGCAACUUUAAUAACAAUACUAUCGAAUGUGUGGAGGUAUUUUUAGACCUGUUGCAGCUCAUUUGCUUAAUGACUUGUUCCUCCAGGGGGCAGCUUUUGCUGCUGAAUCAUAAAUACCACUCAACUCCUUUGCAUUCUUCACUAAUACUGUAGCUUAUUCUUACUGGAUACCAGGACAAACUAGUGAUUUCUUUUAAAAGACCUGCAAUCAACAAAUAUAGUUUGCAAGGGAAUAGCUCCUAAACUGUCCUUUAGGCACAAGAUAUUUGUACUCAUGUGAGCAGGUCUAGCAGGGACAGAAAUUACUUGUACUGGUGAAGACUUUCUGGGCCAGGUUUUGUCCUGUGAUUUCACAAAUGCACACUGGGGUGGAGCAGGGACUUGAGGAUCUGGGUUAUGGCCAGGCAGACCUGUGCCCUGACCCUCAGAGCUGUACCUGCAGAGGGUAGGAAGGGAUGGGCAGGAAAAUGGCAGUGGCCCUGCCCGUUUUCUCCAUCAGCAUCAGGAAAGGCCAGAGAUGAGAGGGAGAGAAAUGGUUGAUGUUUCAUCAGUCUCAUUCCUUUUUGCCAUGUCAUAGUUUGGGUUAUGAUUCCCCCAGCCCAAAAUGUAACACAUCACUCAACUUCUGCAGUAAAAUAACUAGAAGCUUUGUGAACAGGAUCCUUUGGUCAGCUGGGCUUUAAAUCAAGCCAAACAUUCAAAGUAGUGAUUUGGAAUGCCAAGUGUGACCUGCUAGGACUGCAGCCACAUACUGCAGUGUGAUGCCUUGUUUUCCUUACUGCACUGUGUAAGCACAGCCCCAUCCUGCCACUCAAGUCCAUGCAACUUUUGCUCUCAGGGCAGGAUCCAAGCUACUGCAGAGACCCGAGGAAGGGUACGGCGACGUCACUGCUGCUUCUGUUGCUGACAUAACAGCAGGCACAGCUCUGGGAGAUGGAUUGGUCUCAACAGGAACACAGGGCAGCUGCCCUCUCCUUGCAUGGCAAGCCUACUACCCAGCAGGCUGAGAGGUUACAGAGCUGCAGAAGACCUCCCAACCAGAUUUAUGCUUCCUGCAAACCUGUCAUUGUGUUCGUCAACAAGACAGACUGUCAUUAACUACACAGGCUUUAAAAGAGAAAUUUGGAAAGCCCAGUGUAAAUAUAAUCAUUAGAAAUGCAGCUUCUCAGCAAAAUAACACAGAUGAUUCUGGAGUCGGUGUUUUCAAUUUUUUAAAUGACAUAUGGGAUUGUAUAGUCGUCCUGAUUUCAGCUGAGUUGCACCUGUUCUCUUCAGGACAGAUCUGAGCAGAAACAAGUAGGAUCCAACAAAAUAGCAUCAGGAGAAGCCACAGGAGAAAAGCACCAUGGCAUUUUUGAGGAUUGCUAAGUUCUUCAAGAAAAAAAACAGAGGAAAGAAAAAACAAACCAAUCUGACAACCUGAGCCUGAGUUAACUUGACAACGCUGGAACAGGAUUCCUAGAGAGGUGGUUGAUACCCCAAGCCUGUUUAAGAGGCACUUAGACAAUGCCCUUAACAUGCUCUUAACUUUUGAUAAA